GAAAAAGGGUGUGGGUGGGGCUGCGGCGCGGGAUCUUCUGGGAGAUCAUGGCGUCGCUCAACUGUAGAACUGUAGUCUGCGUGAUCUGCUUGGAGAAGCCGAAGUACCGCUGCCCGGCCUGCCGCGUGCCCUACUGCUCGGUCACUUGUUUCCAGAAGCACAAAGAGCAGUGCAAUCCUGAAACUCAUCCUGUUGAGAAAAAAAGAACAGUGGCUCCUGUAAAUACUACAAGGCCUGAGGGAAACAAAGAUGAUGACUCCUCUAUAGCUGAUUUUCUCAACAGUGAUGAGGAAGAAGACAGAGUUUCUCUGCAGAAUUUAAAGAAUUUAGGUGAAUCUGCAACUUUAAGAAGCCUACUGCUCAAUCCACACCUGAGGCAGUUGAUGGUCAAUCUUGAUCAGGGAGACAACAAAGCAAAGCUAAUGAAGGCCUACAUGCAGGAGCCUUUAUUUGUGGAGUUUGCGGACUGCUGUUUAAGAAUCGUGGAACCUUCCCAGGUUGAGGAUUCUUAAAAUGAAUCAGUGCUCAUGCACAUGCUUGAUUUCAGGACCUGCCUACUGCUCCUCCCAGGAGGCCAGGAAGUAUGCAUCUAAGCAGGGGAGAUGGUGUCCCACGUAGCUGCCUGGUUUCUGAGGGGUUCCUCCAUCACACUGUUUCAGGCAGUGGGGAUACUCAAGAUGCAGAGUCUUUACGAAAAGAAAACUGGCUAUUCAUGUGGUGGUUUUAAAAUAUUUUACUUUUGUACAGUUCAGAUAUACAUCAUAAAUACCAAGUUUAUACCCACUCAAGUUAAAAACAGAUAGUGUUACUAAGUAAAUUCAAGGUGUGGUGCACUGUUCAUUGUCCUUGGUUCCUAAUCCAAUUCUUUGAAAUUACAUUAAAUAAAUCAAACUUAUUAAAUACUAAA